AUGGGCGGGUUCGAUCAGGAAGCCGAGUCGACUCAAAGGUGGAAGGCCGAACACGUUGUGCUGCUGCUGCUGCUGCUGCUGCUGCUGCUGCUGCUGCUGCUGGUGCUGGUGGUGGACUGGGCAGCUCAGUUGCCUUUGUGCAGCAGCAGCAGUGCAGUCAAUCUGGGAGCGGUGGAGACGCCCGAUGGCUUCCCCUCGGCGCCUGGGCAACUCGCCGCUCCUCAUCGGCGCUUGAGCCUAUCCUCACGCUCCCCGCUUUCGAUAGUUGUGGCGCUCACUCACUCGCUCAUGGGGCAGGCACUCGGUCCGGUUGAGCAGCGCGACGAGGGCGGGGGACUAGAGCAGCGUGGGAGCGUCAAGGCCCAGCCGCCGCCGCCGCCGCCGCAUCGCAUCAUCCUCGCCCAAAGCUCAACGCGUGCUGCUGCGGGCGGCGGGCAGCUGGGCGGUCGCGCUCUGCUGCCCCGAUUUUAUUUGUCGCCCGCCUCAGCCACCGCGAACCUCACUCGCUGGGCCGUCGCCAUCCUUCAGCCAUCCUCCUCAUCGCAACGUUCGCAUCGCACCCACGGCUACAUACGGCACCAACGAUUGCACAUCGCGUCGUCGUCCACUGCGAGACCCUCUCGUUCAGCUCCGUCUUGGCCAUACGCGCCCAUCCGCAACACUGCCGAAGUCUCUGACAACAGGACGCGCCUAAUCUCCGCUGCUGCUCAAGCCGUCUAUCGCUGCACUCCUUCCAACCCACGCCCGCUCGCUUCGCUGCUGCUACUGCUGCUUCUUCCAACCAUCGCUCCCGCUUCUAUCAUCUCUUAUCGCAGCGCUGCCCCCAUCCUCUGA